CGUCGCCCGCUCGUCCGCCGCCCACUCCUCGAUCGCCCGCGCGACUCACUCAGUCUUCCACCACGCAGCGCUGCGACUGCUCGCCGCACUCAUGCUACACCGACUAGUUUCUCCCGCGACUAUUAAUAUAUUAUGUGAAUGCAACCGUUUAAUUCACCCAACACGAAUAUAAGUGAAAUGUUAGUGCUCGUCGGCUGAUCUGCGAGACGUAGCGACGCUUUUCACUCGCAAACUUCAUGGUACCUGCACGAUUUGUUUAUAAUAAGGAAUCCUCUUCCUCUUCCACUACACAGUUAUGAUUAUCAGAAUACCAUGGCUUCUGCCAUUGCUGCUGAGUACAUGCACAUUCACCUUCACCUCAGGUGGCCCCUUAUUCCUGGAGAGAUCGAACAAGCCGCUGAUACAAUGGAGCCCGCCCACCGACAACUGGAACUGGACGAUGGAGCCGCGCAACCAGGAGCCCUUCUUCAUGCCCAUGAAUUUCAACCACACGCUGCCGCCAUCCGCCAACGACACCGAGCUCGUCGCUCACAUGGCAUCCCUACGCCGUAACUUCUCCCGACUUCUCUGGGAGAGUGAGAAGAGCAGCAACCUCCCACUCUUCGUAGAGAAAGCGCUGAAUCUCCUCAAUCUAAAACAAGUGUACUACGAGGUGGAACACUCGGUGAUGUCCAAGGUGUCAUGCACGGCAUGCAAGGCGGGCGCCGGCCUGCUGCAGCACUACAUCCGCCUGGGAAAGAGCAAGGAGGAGAUCAACAAGAUGAUCUACCAGUUCUGCGUGUCGCUGAAUAUUCAGUCGGUGCGAGUGUGCGAAGGUAUCACCAGGUUGUUUGGAAGUGAAGUGGUGUAUGUGCUGAAGCGGAUCACGAUCGGACCGAACGAGAUCUGCAGUUUUGUAAUCGGCGACGGCUGCGGCGACGUGUAUAACCCGUACCACGAGUGGGAGGUGUCCUUCCCGCCGGUGCCCAAGCCCGCUGUCAAACUCCUGGAGGCGCCCAUGGAGAAAACUGCCACAUUCAAAGUGCUGCAAAUAUCUGACACUCACUUCGACCCUUACUAUGCGGAAGGUGCCAAUGCGGAGUGUAACGAACCUCUUUGCUGCCGGGCGUCCAGCGGGCCCGCGCUGACCCCGGGCGGCGGCGCCGGCCGCUGGGGCGACUACCGCAAGUGCGACACGCCUAAAAGAACCAUCGACCACAUGCUGAAGCACAUCGCUGAUACACACACCGACAUAGACUACAUCCUAUGGACGGGCGACCUGCCGCCGCACGACGUGUGGAACCAGACCAAGGAGGAGAACCUCAAGGUGCUGCAGGAGACGGUCGCGCAGAUGUCCGAUAUGUUCCCCGGAGUGCCCAUCUUCCCCGCGCUCGGGAACCACGAGUCCUCUCCCGUCAAUAGCUUCCCGCCGCCCUACAUCUCGUCCUCCGAGUCCAACAUCGCGUGGCUGUACGACGAGCUGGACGCGCAGUGGCGGCGCUGGCUGCCGGCCGGCGUGUCUCACACGGUGCGGCGGGGAGCGUUCUACUCCGUGCUGGUGCGCCCCGGGUUCCGCAUCAUCUCGCUCAACAUGAACUACUGCAAUAAUAAGAACUGGUGGCUGCUGCUCAACAGCACGGAUCCCGCAACCGAGCUGCAGUGGCUGAUCUACGAGCUGCAGUCGGCCGAGUUCAGCGGGGAGAAGGUGCACAUCAUCGGCCACAUCCCGCCCGGACACUCCGACUGCCUCAAGGUCUGGAGCCGCAACUACUACGCCAUCAUCAACCGCUACGAGGCCACCAUCACCGCUCAGUUCUUCGGACACACGCAUUUCGACGAGUUCGAGGUCUUCUAUGACCCUAAUGAUCUUGGUCGAGCGACGAGUAUAGCCUACGUCGGUCCAUCGGUAUCACCGUAUUAUGAUUUGAAUUUGGGUUAUCGGAUAUACUACGUCGACGGAGAUCACGACAAAACUACUCGCUUGGUAGUUGACCACGAGACCUGGAUCAUGAAUCUGAAGGAGGCGAAUCUGUUUGGCUACCCCAUCUGGUACAAGCUGUACUCUGCGAGGUCCGCCUACCUCAUGAACUCACUGCGGCCACAGGACUGGGAUAAAUUCAUAGAUGAUAUGACUGCCAAGGAAGAUAUUUUCAACUUAUAUUAUAAGCACUACUGGAAGAACAGUCCACGACGGGGCUCGUGCGACGGCGAGUGUCGCAAGCGGCUGGUGUGCGACGCUCGCUCGGGCCGCUCGCACGACCGCCGCGCGCUCUGUGGCCACAUCGAGGCUCGCAUCGACGGCGCCACGCCCGCGCCGCAGACCUGGCGAGCCUGGUUCUACAACGGACUCUCCGUCUCGAUGUCAAUGCUAAUGCAGAUACCCCAAGUGGCAUAUCAAAUACCAAAGUUUGUGUUGGGGCUGGGGUGAAUAGUUUUAUAAGAAAUAGACUAAGACUAAGUUAGGAUACCACCGGACUAGUUGCUGAGAAUAGGAAUGUCGAAGACAAAAUCUCUCUUUACCUACUUCUAAGUAUGUUAUGGUUUCACAUUCAAAUAAAGGCAUAUCAGCCCAAAAAAUUUAUAUUUUAUGAGAAAAGUUCACAAACUUGCUCUAUUCAAGUUGCCUAUAAAUGCUGCAAUCAUUACUUAUGUAAAUCAACUGUUACUUAUUGAAAGUUCAGGAAGUUAGUCUAAUAUAAUAAUGCUUUAAGUUAUAGGGACCAUAGUAGACCAUAUAUAUAAGAUCGUUUCAUGUUAUGUAUUUGUCCUAUUAAUUUAUAAGAUAUCGAAGUUGGUGUAAUUAAAAUAUUAUGUUAUUAUGACCACUUAAUAAUAAAUUAAUUAUGCAUGAACAUACAUACUUGACAUGAAAUUGUAUGUGCCUAUACUAAAAGACAAUACACUUAGUGACUCCUCUUAGUAGUAGUAAUAAUAAUAAUUUUAUUAGAUAAACUGAAGGUGAUCAAUUUACCCAGCAAUACGUUAUUGUUGUAUAAUAUUAAGAACUCCUAUUUAUGUAAAUACUUACUCUAUUGUAAAUUUUUAUAAAUAUAGUCAUAAUUUUUA